AUGAGCCCCUCGGGUCAAUACUUUUACCGCUGCUUUUCGGAAACCAGUGCCGGUGAUUUAAUAUGCGGCCUGGGUCGCGUCGGUCCUCGUCUAUCGCAAUCAGACCUCUUUCGACAAUUCAAACUUCAUAACGACCUGCAGAAUAUGAUUCCAACCGCCUUGGUCUCUGUCAGUGACCGUCCCAUAGAAGCUCUCCAUCGUGCUUUCGACAAGUACUACAAUUGGGAAGAGAAUCCAAGCACCAUUUGGAUUGCAGUUAUCUCAGUUCCGGUCACUCAUUGUGGCGAGAAACCCUACUAUCAUGCCCAAGAGCUUGCUGAUGGGGACGACAGGCUCAAGCAUGAAUAUUUGUUCGAAUGGAAGAUCCCCAAACAAUCCGUGAAGCAUACGGUCUCAGUUGAGACACUCCUUAGUCGCGGACUAGACCUAGAAAUGUAUCUCGAUCACGAUCACAGUCACGGAGACCGCUUGCCGAGCCUUCAAACCGUCAGAAGCAUAAUGGCCGAAGGUAUCUCGGAUUCCUCGAUUGACGGCUAUGGUUUCGGCAGAUAUCUAGCCGACAUCGCACGAUGCUUCGGUGCCAGAGCACCAACGCAAGAGAUUGCAUUGCGACUUUUGGAAGACUGUCCUCGAUAUUUUCGUGUCAUUCGCGAGGAUCAAUCCGUCAAGUGGCAGAGCUACACCAAAGACUUCUAUUGGAUCUUAGAUGGAAUUGAAGAAGGCCUAAUUGAUUUCUGGCUUGCGGAUAACACUUUCGUCCAUGAAUUUCAGGCUUUUUCGGAAUGGUCUGAUUCUCUGACGGAGGAAAUGCAAUUUUUGUGGGUGGAUUACGAUGUGGAUCUUUACCAUGCCAUCCGCACAGGGACAAACUCAAAUACUAUUAGUGAUGAACGGCAAAGGCUACAGUAG